CUGGGAGUUGUAGUUUUACAACAGCUGGAGGCACCCUGGUUAGGUAAGGAGUUAAUAAAGUAUUAAAACAUAAUACAAAUAAUGUAAAUGCUUUGGGUCUCCGAAUGUUGGAAUAAAUAGGGACUUUUCUUCUGUCAUAAGAUCACACAGUCCUGUUGUUUUUGUAGCAUGUGAUAAGGAUGUUGAUGUCACGUGACACCGGGCACGCCCACAUCGCUUCACUCCAGGUUGUAGCGCUUUCAGUCUGGGAGGGUGAGCAUCACCAUGAGCGGCCCUGGUAACUGCACAGCAUCCCCGGGGACAAAGGAGGACAGGGCCGCUACAGGGCGGACUGACCGGCCGCAGUGUAAGGACAAUGACAGCGAAGACGCCUUCUCCGACAUCAGCGACUCCGAGCUCCUGCAGCUUCAGGACACAGAGGAGACCGGCGACAGACCUUUACCAGAGAAUAAAGACAAACAAACAGAAUAUGGGACGAUUAGUAUGGAACAAAGUGAAGUGAAUUUAGUUUCUGGAGAAGGUCUGUAUCAAGACGGGACUGGAGACACUCUGCAGCGAAAACGUAAAACAGAACUAGAAACACCACUGGAGCGGUAUUUCCUUAAAUAUCUGACUGUGACGGACAUUUGCUCCCAGGUCUGGUGUGAACAGCAGAUGGUAUACAAAAUGGAGCGUCCAGCACUAAUAGAGCCAGAGAAAACAGCCGCCAUGAACCAUGGAUCUAGUAUACAUUUGGCCAGAGAACUAGAAGUUCAUGAUAUUGUGCCAGUGAACACAAAGACUCGUGAAGACUCUUGGGCAAUAAAGUGUCUGAAUAUUUUAGCUAUGAUACCAAUUUUGCAGUCUGGUGGCCGCGUUCGGGAAUUUCCAGUUUUUAGGGAACUUGAUGGUAUAUACGUGGUGGGAGUAAUAGAUGAAUUGGGAUACUCUUCCAAAGGUGAGCUAGAACUCCGAGAACUAAAAACCCGAGCUAGCACAACCCUACCAGGAGCUGCACAGAAGAGGAGUCAUGAGAUCCAGGUCUCUCUUUACAAGCUGCUAUUUGAUGGGAUGGUCAGCAGUGUCAUCCAGCCUGAUGGUUUCAUGCAGCACUUGAAGCUGAGACCGGAACAAGAAUUAGGACCUCAAGUGAAGGAGCACGCCUUGAAGUCUGGGCUGACGGUGUCAACAUUCAGAGACGUGUUGGAAUUGACUUGUCUGAACCUCACGUAUAGUGAAUUGCCUAUGGUUGACAGCCUGAAGCUGGAAUAUUGCUUUCAGGGGGAUGGUUCCCUGCUAGGAUGUAGUGAAGUGAGGUUUGAAAAGGAGAAAGUUUUGGAGCAAGCAACAUUUUACUUCUCCUAUUGGAAGGGACUAAGGGAGGUGCAGGGGGUGGACAUAGAGGAUGCUUGGAAGUGCAGAAUGUGCGAAUAUUCAAGCAUCUGUGAGUGGAGAACACACAGGACCAAACAUGUUGCCUUACAGACUAGGAACAAGAGAUUGAAAUGAACAUUAACAUUUUAUUUUACCUCAAUUGAUUGAAUUAUUGAUACUGACUAUUGACAUAAUUCUGUAACCAAUAUUUUAAUGUAGCAUUUCAGGAGUCUUAAAUAGGACUAGACGUGUACAUUGUAUAUUACAUCAGCGUUUUAUACGCAUCUCUUAUAUCUCCAAAAUGUUUAACCCCUUAAGGACGCAGGACGUAAAUGUACGUCCUGGUGCGGUGGUACUUAACGCACCAGGACGUACAUUUACGUCCUGUGCAUAACCGCGGGCAUCGGAGCGAUGCCCGUGUCAAGCGCGGCUGAUCCCGGCUGCUGAUCGCAGCCAGGGACCCGCCGGCAAUGGCCGACGCCCGCGAUCUCGCGGGCAUCCUCCAUUAACCCCUCAGGUGCCGGGAUCAAUACAGAUCCCGGCAUCUGCGGCAGUGCGCGAUUUAAAUGAACGAUCGGAUCGCCCGCAGCGCUGCUGCGGGGAUCCGAUCAUUCAGAACGCCGCACGGAGGUCCCCCCACCUUCCUCCUUCCGGCUCUCGGCGUCUUCUGCUCUGGUCUAAGAUCGAGCAGACCAGAGCAGAAGAUAACCGAUAACACUGAUCUGUUCUAUGUCCUAUACAUAGAACAGAUCAGUAUUAGCAAUCAUGGUAUUGUUAUGAAUAGUCCCCUAUGGGGACUAUUCAAGUGUAAAAAAGAAUGUGAAAAAAUGUAAAAGUAAAAGCAAAAAAAAUGUGAAAAAUCCCCUCCCCCAAUAAAAAAGUAAAACGUCCGUUUUUUCCUAUUUUACCCCCAAAAAGCGUAAAAAAUAAAUGUUAUAGACAUAUUUGGUAUCGCCGCGUGCGUAAAUGUCCGAACUAUUAAAAUAAAAUGUUAAUGAUCCCGUACGGUGAACGGCGUGAACGUAAAAAAAAAAAAAAAAAAGUCCAAAAUUGCUACUUUUUUAAUACAUUUUAUAAAAAAAAAAUUAUAAAAAAUGUAUUAAAAGUUUUUAUAUGCAAAUGUAGUAUCAAAAAAAAGUACAGAUCAUGGCGCAAAAAAUGAGCCCUCAUACCGCCGCUUAUACGGAAAAAUAAAAAAGUUAGAUGUCAUCAAAAUAAAGGGAUUAUAAACGUACUAAUUUGGUUAAAAAGUUUGUGAUUUUUUUUUAAGCAGAACAAUAAUAUAAAAGUAUGUAAUAAUGGGUAUCAUGUUAAUCGUAUCGACCCUCAGAAUAAAGAACACACGUCAUUUUUACCAUAAAUUGUACGGCGUGAAAACGAAACCUUCCAAAAUUAGCAAAAUUGCAUUUUCUUUUUCAUUUCCCCACAAAAAUAGUGUUUUUUUGUUGCGCCAUACAUUUUAUGAUAUAAUGAGUUAUGUCUUUACAAAGGACAACUGGUCGCGUAUAAAACAAGCCCUCAUACUAGUCUGUGGAUGAAAAUAUAAAAGAGUUAUGAUUUUUAGAAUGCGAGGAGGAAAAAAUGAAAACGUAAAAAUUUAAUUGUCUGAGUCCUUAAGGCCAAAAUGGGCAUAGUCCUUAAGGGGUUAAAAGGGGAACUCUGGAGGAAAAAUAAUGUUUUCAUAAACUGAUUAACUGGUGCCAGAAAGUUAAACAGA